UGCAGUGGAUCCUUCCUCUAUUGAAAAUAACCUAUAUAUUUUAAUUUCCGCUGACAUAUUUUCUCCUUGGCCCAAUUCCCUAUUCUUUUCAUUCUUAGUGUGUCGGCAAAAGUAGAGUGCGCGGAAGGUAAUACCAGAGGUUGCCGUUUCUAGUGUCUGUUAGUGUGCGGAUUCAUACAUAUCAGUGAAACUGAAAAGUAGACCCGGUAGCACGGGUAGGUCAUCUUGAGCCGGUUGUCGAAGCAGCGCAUCAGUCCGCAGCAGAGCGCAUCGAGUGAAGGACAGACCCAGUAGUGACCAUGCCCUCAUCAAAGACUCAUUCCCAAGAGAUGGGCAGUGCCUUUAUCCAGACCCAGCAGCUCAACGCUUCCAUGGCUGACACCUUCCUGGAGCACCUGUGUCUGCUGGACAUCGACUCUGAGCCGACCACUGCCCGCAACACCGGCAUUAUCUGCACGAUCGGGCCGGUCUCGCGUUCCGUGGAGACUCUGAAGGAGAUGAUCAAGGCUGGAAUGAAUGUGGCUCGUCUCAACUUCUCUCACGGCACUCACGAGUACCAUGAAGGCACCAUCAAGAAUGUGCGUGAAGCCACCGAGAGCUUUGCUGCUAACCCCAUCCUCUACAGACCAGUGGCUGUGGCACUGGACACAAAGGGACCAGAAAUCAGAACUGGACUCAUCAAGGGAAGUGGAACAGCCGAGGUGGAGCUGCAGAAGGGCGCCUCUCUGAAGGUAACCCUGGACGACGCCUUCAUGGAGAAAUGUGAUGAGAACACGCUGUGGGUCGACUACAAAAACCUGACCAAGGUGGUGCAGGCGGGCAGCAAGAUCUACAUUGAUGACGGACUCAUCUCCCUCCUAGUGAAGGAGCUAGGGUCUAACUACGUCAUGUGUGAGGUAGAGAACGGUGGUAGCCUGGGCAGCAAAAAGGGAGUGAACCUGCCAGGUGCUGCGGUGGACCUGCCUGCUGUCUCUGAGAAAGACAUCCAGGACCUGCAGUUCGGAGUGGCACAGGGGGUAGACAUGGUUUUCGCCUCCUUCAUCCGCAAGGCUUCUGAUGUGCAGGCUGUGAGGAAGGUCCUGGGAGAGAAGGGCAAGAACAUAAAGAUCAUCAGCAAGAUUGAGAACCAUGAGGGCGUGCGCAGGUUUGAUGAAAUCCUGGAAGCCAGUGACGGCAUCAUGGUUGCCCGUGGAGAUCUUGGAAUUGAGAUUCCUGCCGAGAAAGUCUUUCUUGCACAGAAGAUGAUGAUUGGUCGUUGCAACAAAGCUGGCAAACCAGUCAUCUGUGCCACUCAGAUGUUGGAGAGCAUGAUUAAGAAGCCCCGCCCCACUCGUGCAGAGGCCAGUGAUGUAGCCAAUGCAGUCCUGGAUGGAGCUGACUGCAUCAUGCUGAGUGGAGAGACAGCCAAGGGAGACUAUCCCCUGGAGGCUGUGUGCAUGCAGCACGCGAUUGCUCGCGAGGCCGAGGCAGCUAUUUUCCACCGGCAGGUGUUUCAGGACCUCCACCGCAUAACCGCGCACUCCACUGACUCAACCGAGGCUAUUGCUAUUGGAGCCGUGGAGGCAUCCUUUAAGAUCUUAGCAUCAGCUUUCAUAGUAUUGACCGGGUCUGGCAGGUCUGCCCACCUGAUCUCCAGGUACCGCCCCCGUGCCCCCAUCAUCGCCGUGACUCGUCAAGGACAGACUGCUCGCCAGGCCCACCUGUACCGCGGGAUCUUCCCUGUGCUGUUCAACGAGCCCGCCCUUGACGUGUGGGCAGAUGACGUUGACCUCCGUGUCAACUUUGCCAUGGAUAUCGGCAAGGCUCGUGGAUUCUUCAAGUCUGGCAAUGUGGUCAUCGUGCUGACUGGCUGGCGCCCAGGUUCCGGUUACACUAACACCAUGCGUGUUCUCCCCGUGCCCUAAAGGGCACUCCCUUCACCCCAGUCCCCUCUCCUCUCCCUUCCCCUGCGGCAGCUUGCGAGGCCCCCACUCCUUUCACUCCUCAUCUUGACACACUAGACAAUCCUCUUAGUCCUCAGACCAGCUUCCUCAUUUCCCCGCAUAGCCAGGGCACUUGUUCUAGCUGCCAGAACCUGUAGUAUUUAUUAAAGGAAUAAACACCACACUGAACGUAUCUGAAGCAAUUCAUCUGGAUGUCUUUGUGCAGGUCAGGCAACUCUGUUCUUGCUGUGAGGAACCAGAGUUUACAGAACAUGCAGUUAACAGAUUUAAGUAAUUGAGGGGUGUUUUACGUGUUUGUAACUGAUGUUGGACAAGCACAUUGUUAGUUGUGGGUGCUAUACCCUAGUUAUUCUUGCUGGAAAGAUCAAGGGAUACUGCCUUGUCUCUUGUAUAAUUUAAAAGGUAUGAUUUUGUUAAACUCCCACCCUGGAAAUAUUCUUGUCAGAGUUGCCUGGGCCUACCUGCUUUGUAGUUUGUGUCCAUCUCACUUUGUAUCUUCUGUACUGUGUGUUUUGAAAAUGCUGCACUCCACUUACUGAAAGUAGAUAAUAUUGUAUGUUACAUUCUCCAUUUAUACUUGACUUUUGAGUUUGAUCGGAAGGUAACCAAUAUCUAUAUUUUAUGUCAUGCUGGAUGGUUGAUGGAAUGAAUGGACUGCACUUACUGCAGGGGAAUAAGAGCCCUUUUUAAGUAGUGAUUUUGUGAAAUACCCUGUGUUUCUGAAAAUUGUGAUAUUUUGGCAGCACACCCUUUUGAAUCCUGGCCCAUGCAUUUAGAGUUGCAAAGAAAGAAAAUGCAUUAUCCACUGGAUUAUCUGUAAAGCCAGUAGUUUCUCCUGAGUAAUAGCUUCCUUCCACAAGGCAUUGGCCUGUCUAAAAUACAACCUUGCUUGUCCUGACUUCCAGUCUUUCUGAAGGUUCAAGAAACCUGCUUGUUUUUCAUACUGUGGAGAUCAGUUUAAGUGGUCAACUCAGCCUCCUGCCAUUUGCAAUGGAGUUCAUGCAAGCCUAUUUUAGGGGUGACUUUGAGCUCUUCAAAUUAGGAAUUGCCCCACUAUACAAUAUUAAUUUGCUGCUACAUUGUGCAAAGCAAAUUUGAGGAUAGAAUUAAGGAAGUCUGCAGUACAAAUCUACUGUGCUGUUUUUGAAGGCGGUUUACCCCCUGGUGCAGGGCAGGAUUUGGCACUUUGAGGGUUUCAGGUUGAGACCUUGCACUCCCUGCUGCUGUAGCUCACGUUGUCAAGUCUGUUUUCUAGUGUGUGUAUGCUCGCGCUCCUGAGAUUCCCACUUGCUUUCUGAUUGUGAUGGUUUGAAAAAGUUCAGUCUAUAAAAACAAUGUAGAAAAUACGGUGCCCUGAGUUGUCCUGGACUACUGGAUUUACAUCAAUAAAAGAUGAGCACCUGC